AUGGGGUUAUUGGACUUGGAGCAGCAAUUGGCCUUUUAUAGGGCAUAUCAUUUCAAUAAGGUGAAUGUAGCAAUUCACUUGGUAUUUGUACCAACCAUUCUCUUCAGCACUGUGGGGUUCUUAUCUGCCAUUCCUUUGAAUCAAAUCACCCCAUUUGAUUUAUCAGGAGUACCAUUUUUUGGAAAGUUGUAUAACUUGGGUGCCUUUUUGAUUGCGUCCUUUAGCAUCUACUACAUCUUGUUGGACCGACUGGGACUUGUAUUGACCCCCCUUUUGCUUUUGAUAAGCUACUCCAUCAGCACUCUGUAUGAUUUUUAUGAUAAAAGUGAGGUGGUAAAGGGCUCUCUGGUUCUUUUUGGCAUUGGAUGGGCUGUUCAAUUCGUAGGUCAUGCUCUAUUUGAAAGAAGAGCUCCGGCGUUGUUCGACAACCUGGUUCAGGCUUUGGUCCUGGCUCCAUACUUCGUCGCAUUUGAAGUUGUGUUUGCUCUUGGGUUCAGGAAGGAUCUCCAGAAAAAGAUGAAUAACCACGCAGGUAAGCUGAUGCUUGAAUUUCGAACUAGGGAGAAGGGUCACCCUGUCGUCGAAAAGACCGACUGA